ACCGGGGCAGCCCUUGUGUGGCAAUGUGAUGUCACUGUUGCAUCACAAACAUGGCCCUUAUUUCACUUGGUUUCAGGGAGGCUCAGGUGUCACUUUGACUGCGCGCGAGCCAGUGGGCAAGCGAGCAAGCGAGAUGGGCAAGUGUGUGGAAAACACAUCAGAGAUGGAAGGAGAAGCAAAGGCGCAGAGACCCCAGAGGAGAUUCUGGAGCUGUGUCAGGAGCAUGGGGGAAUGGUUGCUGACCUUCAUCGUAAUCCUGCCUGUUGCCGCCCUCUGCAAUAUCCUGCUGCCCUGCAUCUUGUUCGGCAUCCUGGGUGUGGACACCUACAAGGCCCGAUGGGCCAACACCACCAAGGUGAAGGGCACCUGUGUGAGCAAGAGCCCGCAGAGCAGCAGCGGGACGGACCCCAUGGGGGAGCAGCCCUGUCCCAUAGCCGCCUGUGCUGACAGCAGCUCCAAGCUCCCCAGCAACCGGCACUCCAUCGGCAACACGGAGGAGCUCGCCAGAUCCCUGAUGCAGUCCCUGGACAUGACUGAAGUCUGCCUUAGCCUGCUGGAGAAGCUGAGGAUAAGAUCUCGGGAUGGCGAGUCUCAUGUCCCACCUGAAGACAGGAUGAGCAAAUAUCCCGUAUGCCUGGAGUGCCGUCGAUGUGUCACCAGCAGCUGCCCGCACUGCAGCGAGCCUGAGGAACAACAGGACCUGCCCGUGCUGGUUGUUGUUCUCCAAAAAAUGGGCCUGGUGUCUUACAUUGGUGGCCUGGAGCCAGAACUGGAUGUGAAAAUGAGGCUGAUCUUUGCACUCAUCAUCAGUGGAGAGCCGGUCUACACAUGGGAGAAAAUACAGAUGCUCCCAGAAAGAGCCCCCGAGACGAGCUGCAAGGACUGUGACGGGUCUCUGCCCACGAGCCUUUGGGGCAGCGAGUGCUCGAAGGCCCCACAGUCCAUCCUCAGGGCCCAGGGGACACCAGAGGGACAGACAGGACUGGCCGAGAAGGACACAUGGGCUGCUCCAGACCUGCAGCCGGCUGGGCAGGGGGAGUUUCUCCCCAGCGCAGUCUCCGUGUAUCCCUGGCCCCCAUGGGCACAGGCCCCCUCCCCUGCGGCCCUGAAGCGGCUGCGCGGGGCUGGGCUGGAGCCGCUGCCCCCGGUGCGGUUCAAAGUCCUGGGGCGGGGGCUCAGUCUGCAGCAGAGCAUCCAGCACUCCUGGGCCACCGUGAUGAGGAGCCUUGGGGCCGCACUGGGCUGUCUGUGCACCACAGGGAGCUCGGAACCCACCGACACCGUGGAGCAGGACCAGAUGGUGCAUCUGGAUCUCCAGCGCAGGGCUGACGUGCCCUUGCACACCACGGAGGAGGUGGUGUGAAGAGCUCCAGCAGGACAAGCCGCGGGACCAAGGACAGGAGGAGCCCCCAAGCGCCUGGAGCUCUGCUGGGAUGGAGCAAAGACCCGCCUGUCGCCCCUGGAGGCCUCGAGCAGCAGAGCCCCGAAGAGCAGCUGUGAGCGGAGAGCUCAGCGCUGACACCACGCUUCUGUCAGAAUAAAA